CAGGCUCCGUGUGGGGAGGCGCCGGCGGCGCGGGCAGCAUCGGGUGGGACUGACCGGGCGUCGUAGCGGCGGCGACUGCGAGCCGAGCCCGGAGCAUGGCAGGGGCUGGAGCCGCUGCAGAGGCUGCUGCUGGUGCUUUCCCUGCUUCGCCGCCUCCUCCCACCCGUCGGGAACUUUUCCUAGCGGCUGGUGGCGGUGCCUCCCCCCGGUUGUGGCAGCGGCGGCGGCGGUUGCUGCGUUCGGCGGUGCCUCCUGGGCCGGGGCUGGGGCUCCUGGGACUGGUUUUCUCUCGUUUCUGCUGCAGUGCCUUAGCUGGACCAGUUGUUGAUCCACAUGUGACAGCAGUUUGGGGGAAGAAGGUUGCACUGAAAUGCAUAAUUGAUGUGAACGAAACAAUCACACAAGUUUCUUGGGAGAAGAUAUAUGGUAAAAGUUCACAGACUAUUGCUGUUCAUCACCCUGAAUAUGGAAUAUCUGUUCAAGGAGAAUACCAAGGAAGAGUGGCAUUUAAAAACUACUCACUUACUGAUGCAACAAUCAUCUUAAAAAAUGUAAGCUUUUCUGAUGCAGGAGAAUAUGUUUGCAAGGCAGUUACAUUCCCACUUGGAAAUACACAGUCGUCAACAACUGUAACAGUAUUAGUUGAACCAGUUGUGAGCUUAAUGAAAGGACCAAACCCUCUAAUAGAUGGGUCAAAUAGGACAGUAGCAGCCACUUGUACAGCAGCCACUGGAAAACCUGCUGCGCAGAUUGUCUGGGAAGGAGGCCUUGGUGAAAUGGAAUCCACCUCUAUUUUGUUUCCAAAUGAAACAGUGACAGUUGUAAGCCACUAUGUGAUUGUCCCUACACGAUUUGCAAGAGGAAGACUCAUAACCUGCGUUGUGAGGCACCCCACCCUUGAAAAAGAGAUGAGAUACCCUUUCAUGCUGGACAUACAGUAUGCCCCGGAAGUUUCAGUAACUGGCUAUGAUGGAAACUGGUUCAUUGGAAGAGCAAAUGUUCAGCUCAAAUGUAAUGCUGAUGCAAAUCCACUACCUAUGGAAUUUAUGUGGACCAGGUUGGAUGGACAAUGGCCUGAAGGACUAUUGGCUGUUAACAAUACUUUGCAAUUCAGCAGCCCUUUGACUUACAACUACACUGGGACUUACAUUUGUAAGGUGACGAAUGCCCUUGGUCAGAAAAGUGAUCAGAAGACUAUCUACAUAUUAGAUCCUCCUACUACUACCACUCGACUGCCCACGGUUCCCUGGCAUCCUUCGACUGAUGGCACCACAGGUUUAGCAACAGAACCUAGAAUAAUAAAUUUCCCAACAUCAACCUUGCCAACAAAACAGGACGACACUUGGGGUAUCGUUGUUGGUUGUGUGGUGGGUGGGGUUCUUUUGCUGUUACUUCUUGGUACUCUGGUUGGAGCUGUCUACUAUAAGAGAAGAAAGACGUUCCGCGGUGACUACUUUGCUAAGAGCUACAUUCCACCAUCAGAUAUGCAAAAAGAGUCCCAAAUAGAUGUUCUUCAGUCAGAUGAAAUGGGUUCUUACCCUGGCAGUAUAACAAAAGAAACAAAGCACCCAAUGAACUUAAUAUCUAAAGAUUAUUUGGAAGACCCUGGAAAACCUGAGUUGAACAAUGUAGACAAUACUAACAGGUACCAGGACCGUUAUGAAAGACCAAUGGAUUACCAUGAAGGUGGAACAUUUGGAAUGAGUUUUAUGCAUGGUGAAUUUUAUGAGGAUGAUGACUUUGUUUCUCACUUAGAUGGUGCAGUAAUAUCUCGGAGGGAGUGGUAUGUGUAGUAACCACUGAAAACUAAACGUGUACCUGCAGUUCGCUUCAUUGGCUGGUCACUUUCAGAUUGUUUAUACUUACACAAGAGGAGAAUAAACUUUGAAACUUUUUUUUGAAGGUUUUUAUAUGUUGACUUGACACAAUGGAAAUACUGAAUCUGGGGAAAAUAUAUUUGAGCUGCUUUUUUUUCCCAAUGCUGUACUACUGUUUAAGAUUUGAGUUUUAAUGCAGAGUGCUUAUAUUGGUCUAUGUCAGAGUUAAAAAAAAGGCUAAAUUAAAGUUGCCAUUCAAUAUUGUUUAAGAAUAAAAAGUGGCUGUCUUGGCUCUCUGAUUUAAAAAUAAGUUUACCCAAGGCAAUGAUCAAAUAUAAUCUUUGGGGGCUUUGAAUUACCCAAUCUAGGUAACAUCCACAGUAAACUUAAGGCUUCUAUAUAGCAAAUACUUUACCAAUUAAAAUAAGUUACAGCAGAAUUGAAGCUUUAUUUUCUAGGGUUUUUUUCUGCAUAAAAAUGAAUACCUCUUAGCAUUUUAAUGAGCCUUCUUGUAACUAUAUAGUUAAAAGUUAAGUCAUUGCACUGAAACUAACUUAUGAACAACAUUUUGAGGAGUAACUGUAAACAGGUCAAAGGCUUGUAUUUGAAUAAGAUGAAAAGUUAUUUUUUUAUAGUCAUUGAUUACUAAAGCUUACUCUAGUGUCUGUAUAUAUACAUACAGUGAGGUGUUUUGUUAGGCCUGUAAUUGGCAGGAUGUCAAAACUCAUUAAUGCAUACAAGAUGCUCUUUGCAACUCCACAGGGUGCAAUUUUUGAGACCUGUUCUGGAGGCUUUGUGGGAAUCUUACCAUUGAACUUAAAAGCUGGUUAUAUGGACACAACUAAGGAGGAAACACCCAUAUAGAUUCCAAAGCUGGAGGCUAAUGUGAAUGUGCUUAUUUUCCCAGGUGCCAAAAAGCAUUAGUUUCUAUGACCAGAAGUUAAAACAGCGGUUUUACGCUGCUUCUGACUAAGUUACAAUACCUGCUUUGAAGAGGGUAGACAGAGUUUCAGAUUAUUAGUAGGGAAGUGGACAUUUGCACUGCUACUUCAGGUAUUGAAAAUGCACUCUUCAGUGGUGCAACUCAAAGAGUCUAUGAAACAGGAAUUCAGUCUCUGUGCAGUCUCUGUACCACAGUGGAUUUGGUUUCCCUGCAAAUAAUUCAUACUGAUUUUACAUGUUCUUUAAAAUGACAUGGUAUCCAUUAUACAUAGGAAAUCUUGUCUGACAUGUGAAAUAGUUCUACUUUAUCUUGAGCAGAUUCACCAAACUAAAUCUGCCGAUUAUGCAAGGAGGAAUGAAACAACUUUAGAUGAAUUGCAGAACAAUGAAUUCAUAAGUAGAAUACUAAAUCUUUUGAAGUGUUUAGCUUGCGGAAAUUGAAGCUGAUAAGGCUAUUAGUAUUUGAAACCUGAAAAGGGUCUGCUACCAUUAAUGUGAAAUAGGCUGCAUAAAGCCGCUCCAUGAGCAUUGAUGCUGGAAGUUCUUUUCUGUCCUCAUGAUGUUUGGUAGCUUACAGCAUUUAGAGCUUCCCAAAAAUAGUUAUAUUGAGUGUUGUAGACAAUACACUGUGAUUGCAUAUGACUGCAUGUCUUUAAAAAAUAUUAAGACAACAGCUUUAUUUGAAAUUCAAAUGGAAAAGCAUCCCUAAACAACUUAAGUUUGGGUUUGGAUUAAUGGAGUACAUGAUUGACCAAAGUCUCAAAAACAAUAGCAAGUGAUAUUGUGGUUAUCUGUAGUUUGAGUGCAAACAAAAGAAAAGGAGUGAAAUUUCUAGCAGAGGGUUCUGAUCCAAAUUAUCUCUGGAAUAAAGAGAUUAUACCUCUCUUCAAAUAAAAACUUGAUAUAUCAUCUUUAAAAGAUGGUUUUACUUGGAAAUAAACAUAACCAUAAACCAGUUUUCCACAUGGGAUAUCUUGCUUUUGUCCCAGUGGAUUUUUUGCUUUGAUUUUUAAAAUAUAUAUAUAUAUUUAAUUCCUAUGGGUUGAGAAGUUGAAAUGUUCUGGAGUUGAAGUUAUUAAUAGGGAUAGGGCUUACGUGCGUUGCAAUGUUUUGUACAUUAUAUCUACUGUAAAAACAAUUGAUUGUACUACAAAUGGCUGUUGUGUGAAUAAACUUUUUCUUACAUUCUGAAACACA